AUGGUCCACGACGAGCUGUCAGUGAACGAGCUGAUGUCCACCGAGAUGGUCUGCCUGCCGGCUGUCAUCAAGGUCCGCGAGCUGGCGACGGCCCUGCGGACCUUCUCCCACGGGGGCUACCCCGUCAGUUCUGAAGCGGAGGUGCCAGUGGCGGCAGCGACCAGCCCGAUGCGCAUCGACGGGCUCAUCGCGCGGCCCCUAUUGCUCAGGUUGCUGCAGCGGCGCCUGGGAUUCAUUAAAAAGGGCCAGGAAGGGGGCAGCUUCCCCCUGCCCAGGACAGAGAAGGGUGUCCUGGACGUCCUUGACACAAUCGAGCCCUACCCCAUGCGCAUAAACCCUAGAUCGGAGCAGGAGGCCAUCCUGGCUGCCCUGAGCGAAGUGGACCUGGAGACGGACAUCGACCUGCGGCCGUUCAUGCAGCGACAGCCGUUCCUUGUCAACGAGGACGCAAGCUUGAGCCGCGCCUAUCGCCUGUUCCGCACCUUGGGCCUGCGCCACCUCCUGGUGGCGCCCUCCCGCCCCUUGGGGCUGGGCAUCCUGACUCGCAAGGACAUGAUCAAGGAGAACGUGCGGCUGGCGCUGGGCGAGAAGGCCAACAGGGAGGCGGCAAAGGUGACGGCGUCCAGGCGGGGGGAGCGCAGGAUCAAGGAAAAGUUCGAUGCGGGAGGUGCGAGGACUUUAGUGGAGUUCAUGCCAGCAUUCGACACUGCAGCGGAGCAAGGCACGGCAAUGGCGUCAGCCGUGCCACGUCAGCUGAUCCGGCGAUCCGUGGUUCCCCGCGCAACCCGUCAGGAAACGGAAGCCAGAGAAGCCAUGGAGCAAGGGGCCGCCGAAUCGGCGGCCGGAUCCUCAUGA